AUGGCUUCCUCCGCGCUGGCCUCCCCGGCGCCGCGCCCUGCGCCACGCGGCAACCGCCACCCUCGCGCGUGCCCGGCAGCCGCCGCCGCCGCCUCUCCAGUGCCGCGCCGUCUCGGCGCCGCCGCGCGCUGCCGGGCGGUGGCCGCCCCCGCCGGCCCCUCGCCACCCGGGGUGGCGGAGAGGCCGGAGGCGGACGUGGUGGUGAUCGGGAGCGGGCUCGGGGGCCUCUGCUGCGCGGGGCUCCUGGCGAGGUACGGGCAGGACGUGGUGGUGCUGGAGAGCCACGACCGGCCCGGCGGCGCCGCCCACUCGUUCGACGUCAAGGGGUUCCACUUCGACUCCGGCCCCUCGCUCUUCUCCGGCUUCCAGUCCAGAGGGCCGCAGGCCAACCCCCUCGCCCAGGUCCUCGACGCGCUAGGCGAAUCGGUUCCGUGUGCAUCCUAUGACUCCUGGAUGGUUCAUGUCCCUGAAGGACAGUUCGAGUCGCGGAUAGGGCCGACUGAUUUCCUCAAGGACCUUGAGACUUAUGUCGGUCUUGACGCGACCCGGGAGUGGCAAAAGCUUCUAGAUGCAGUUAUUCCUAUAUCCGCAGCUGCGAUGGCUCUGCCUCCCCUCUCCAUCCGAGGCGAUCUGGGCAUCCUUUCGACAGCAGCCGGUAGAUACGCACCUUCUCUGUUGCAGUCCUUGAUUAAAAUGGGGCCUCGGGGAGCCCUAGGCGCCACGAAACUGCUACGCCCAUUCUCGGAGAUUGUCGACUCGCUGGAGCUGAAAAACCCCUUUGUCCGUAACUGGAUCGACCUCCUGUGCUUUCUGCUUGCGGGCGUCAAAUCCGACAGCGCGCUUUCUGCAGAAAUGGUUUAUAUGUUUGCAGAAUGGUACAAGCCAGGAUGCAAGCUGGAGUACCCUCUGGGUGGGAGUGGAGCGAUAAUCGAUGCCCUGGUACGGGGUAUCGAAAAGUUUGGUGGAAGACUUGCUCUUAAUUCUCAUGUGGAGAAGAUUUUGAUCGAGAACGGUCGGGCUGUUGGCGUCAAGCUACGAGGUGGACAGAUUGUACGUGCGAAGAAAGCGGUCGUUAGCAACGCGUCCAUGUGGGAUACCUUGGGUCUUCUGCCACCAGAUGCCGUCCCGAGAUCAUACCAAGAUCAAGUGAAGGCGACCCCCCAGUGCGAUUCGUUCAUGCACCUCCACCUGGGUUUCGACACGGAGUGUGUCAAGGAGGACCUUGGGAUCCACCAUAUCGUGGUUAAUGACUGGGACAAAGGGGUCGACGGCGAGCAGAACGUGGUGCUGAUAUCGGUCCCCAGCGUUCUCAGCGAGGGCCUGGCGCCGCCAGGGAAGCACAUCCUUCACGCGUACACACCGGGGACGGAGCCUUUCGGCCUGUGGGACGGGCUCGACCGGAAGAGUGCGGCAUACCGGAGCCUAAAAGAGGAGCGUUCCGAGGUGAUGUGGAAGGCGGUGGAGCUGGCGCUGGGCCCGAAGUUCAGCCGGGAAAAGUGCGACGUGAAGCUGGUCGGCACGCCGCUGACGCACAAGCGGUUCCUCCGGCGGAACCGGGGCACCUACGGCCCCGCCAUCAAGGCCGGGGAGGCGACGUUCCCGGGGCAGGCGACGCCGGUCCCGCAGCUCUUCUGCUGCGGCGACUCCACCUUCCCCGGGAUCGGCGUGCCCGCGGUGGCCGCCAGCGGGGCCAUCGUCGCCAACACGCUCGUCUCCGUGGCGCAGCACUCGGAGCUCCUCGACGCCGUCGGCAUCUGA